AUGGCAUUUUUCAACUCGAUUUCCACCUCCGCGGUCUUGACCCUACUUUCAUGCAUUCCUCUUGCCACUUCGCAAAAUACCCCAAAUGAGCACCUCGUCCUGGCUGAUUGCGGCAUCGGCCAGGGCCCUGAUGGCGGCUCAACCUCCCGCGAGGCGUUCUACUACAACAGCCACGUCUGGACGGGUAACGGUGACGAGACAAAUAACCCAACCAUGGUGGUCAACGUGCCGUGGUCCGGCCAAUAUCCCUGGACCCAGCAAGGCGGCAUCGGUUUCACUAUGCCCAACGGCGAUGAUUUUGCUGUCCUUAUCAAGGCCGACGUGAAGGACCCCAAUGAUGCAGGAAUCGCAGCUCACGCUUUCGAAUCCGACAAGGAUUUGACCUGUUAUUCGUACCACAAGGAUAAGGUCUACCAGCUGGCUGACGGCACGUGGUGCUCGAGUGCAUAUGUUUGCAACCACUUUGAUAAGGCCUACGCCCUCCCGGGCGAGUCCCUACCCAAGCCCUCCCCUAAGCCGACAACCCCUGAGCCUCAGAAAACGGAGAUCAGGGGCUCUACGAAUGCUGAUUGGGUUGAGUUCUACAACAAGCCGGCUGCACGCAUUAUGGCGACAGCCCGAGAUGCCUUCAACGAAGACAGCUAUAAUUGCGACACCACUAAGCGCUCAAUCAGUGACAAGUGCACCAUCAGGUGGGAGUGCUCCGGCGACCCGGCGACCGAUGCCUUGGACAAGAUGGCCUCUGUCUUUGAAGAACUAUCGAAGUCCUCAAAGUUCACGAGCGAGCGAGAGGUAACUACUGAAGUUUGCCGAUCCCCUGACACGCGCCCUGGCAGGGAAGGGUCAUGCCGCCUGUAUGAGACGAAAGUCGAUAAGUACUUCAAGAUGCCUAGCACCAUCGAACUGGUUAUGCGCAACCUUCCGAGGCCCGGAUCCGGUGAUAAUUCCAACGAGCAUGGGAGGAUGAAGUAUACGGUUGAAUGCGAGGCUUCGGUGUGGGAGUGCACUCUGUGCAAGGGCAUUGGCAAGGCCCUGUCCAUCCCUGUACCUUCUGUCGGGUUUGCGGUCUGGCUGGGUUGUACCGCCUGUUAG